UCAGUAACGAACACAUACGGUUUGGUACAGCUCUAAUAAUGAGCUCGAAUUAUAAACUUCGUAAAGUAAUUGAUUGCAACCAGGGUGCCGUUCGGGCAAUACGUUACAAUGUUGACGGUUCAUAUUGUUUGAGUUGUGGAUCUGAUAAGAAAAUUAAACUAUGGAAUCCAAAGACAGCAUUAUGUCUCAAAACAUACGGUGGUCACGCUGAUGAGGUUACAGAUGCGGCAGGAAGUUGUGAUAGCUGUCAUAUUGUUUCCUCUAGUCUUGAUAAAAGCAUAAUCUAUUGGGAUGUUUCCACAGGCGUACCUGUACGUCGACUCCGGGGUCAUGCUGGAGGUGUUUACUGUGUUUGUUUAAACGAAGACUCGUCAAUUGCAAUAUCUGGUGGACGCGAUAAUGCAGUUGUAUGUUGGGACAUACGGACUCAUCGCUUAGAACCUGCGCAAAUAAUGAAAGAUGCAAGCGACAGUAUCACCUCGAUUCAAACUAAUGAGCACAAAAUAAUUACUUCCUCUCUAGACUGUUGCAUUCGUCAAUAUGACAUACGUGUUGGAGAGUUAGUAUGUGAUAACCUUUGUGAACCCGUAACAUUUUUGAAAUUAACUCGAGAUGAGCAAUGCCUUUUAGCAGCAUGCCAAGAUAGCGCAGUUCGUCUCAUAGACUGUGAGACAGGGAGUUUAUUAGCAGAGUAUAAAGGACACAAAGCUGAGGAUUUCCAGAUUGAAUGUGGCAUAAUUACGAAAGAUGCACAUAUAGUUUCAGGCAGUAGUGAAGGCUGCGCUUUAUUUUGGGAUCUACUUGAAGGAAAAAUUUUACAACAAAUUAAAUUAGGUAGCAAUAGAGGAGUUGUUAACUCAGUAGAUACUCAUCCUAAAGACAGCGAUUUUGUAUUAACUUGUCGAAGAGAAAUAUAUUUGUAUCGCACAGAUGUAAAUGAAGAUUUAAUCCUGAAUGAAAACUAGUUUAAUAUGUAUAUAUCAGAGAAAAGCAAGGACCUACUUGAAUUUGGAGUUCCUUUAUACCAUUGUGCAUACAUACAAGUGACAAAUGUUAUUCACGUCUAUUCUGCAUUUCGACUCGAAUCGAAAUUUUCUCCGUUUGGCAAUUUUGGUGUUCUGCGUUCCGUUUCCUUUCGAUCAAUCUUCGAAAUUUACGAUUAUACCUAUUCUACAUUUCGAUCGUAGUUCCGUUUUUCUAAGUUGCAAAUUUGUUGAUGGAGAACGUUUCAAUUGUUAUUUUCGUG